AUGAAUAAUUCAUUAGCAUAUUCACAUGUAAAUCUAACUCGAUGGGUAUCAAGUAUUGUAUCACCAAUAAUCUUAUUAGGUUGUGCUAUUGGCAAUAUAGUUUCAUUUUUUGUUCUUAUACGACCACGUCUUCGUAAACAAACAACAUCAAUUUAUUUAGCUGUUUUAUGCGUUGUUGAAUUGGGCACUUGUUACACAGGUUUAUUACGACAAUUUCUAAUUGAUGCAUUUAAUCUUGAUAUACGUUUAAUAAAUUCAUUUACAUGUCGUACACAUAUUUAUUUUACAUAUGUAUUUGCUCGUUUAGCACCAUUAUUAUUAGCACUUGUUACAUUACAACGUUAUUUAUAUGUUAGUCAACUUGCUCUAUGUUCAUUAAGAUCAACCUGUAUACAAAUAUUUUGUUGUAUUUUAUUUGUUUGUUUAGCUGAAUUUCAUUUAUUUUUAUAUUAUGACUAUACACAUUCAGAUACGCGACCACGAGGUCAAAAUAUACCAUUUGAAUGUACUGUUGAUAAAAUCCGUCAUAAUCAAUAUUAUAAAUUUCGAGAUGAAAUCUAUCCAAAAAUAACACUUAUUGCGUAUACAAUAAUUCCAUUAACAAUAAUUAUACUUGGUAAUGCAUUACUUGUACGUACAGUACGACAAGCAUCAAAACGAUCACAAUCAACAACAAAUAAAAAACGUUCAGUAACAAGAAUGUUAUAUGCUGUUAGUAUACUUUACACAGUUUUAACAUCACCAGCAUCAAUAUUUCUUGCAAUAGCACCAGCAAAUAUUCAAUUAAAAUCAUGGUUUCGUAUUAGUUGGACAGUAUUACGUUUAUUAUUUUAUUUAUGUCAUUCAGUUAAUUUUAUUUUAUUUUGUGCAAGUGGAACUUUUUUUCGACAAGAACUUGUUGCGUUUCUUAAUUCAUUAUAUUUUUGUCGUUCAAUUUAUCCAAGCGAAACAAUUCAAUAUGAAAAUAGAUUUUUAAAUAAUAAUAGUGUACGACAUAGAACUAGUUCAACACGUUCGAAUCGUAAACAAGAUCAAAAUUUUCAUGAACACAAACAUACAGAAAAUACACUUAUUGUUUCAUAA